AUGCAUAUCCGCUCGCUCGCCUCUGUGGCCUUUGUGGCCUUCGCCGCCCAGGCAUUCGCCCAACAGACCAAGGUCUUCAAGCGCAGCAUCACCUCCGGAAGGGAUUUGGGUUUCAUGCGCCGCGCCGACGGUGGCUACCAGCCGGCCGAUGAGGUCUGCAACAAGGGCGGUAACACCUGCGCCGAGGCGUGCGGUGGUGGCUACCAGCAGUGCAAGUCUACGGAUCAGGCCGUCCACUGCUACGACCCGACCGCCGGCGAGACUUGCUGCUCUACCACAACCGGAAACUCGUGCCUGACGUCGUUUUACUGCACGCACGACACUCAGACCGACACCUUCUGCUGCCCCAACGGCAUGGAUCUUGGCGAGUGCGCAACCAAGCACGGUGUCACCGGCGCUCUUACCUCCGACGUCCCCGUCCCCACCACCACCUCCGUCCCGUCUACCAGCAAGAGCAGCACCGUGCCCCCCACCACCUCCACCACCACCUCCACCACCACCACCUCGACGCCGCCGUCCACGACCUCGUCCUCGGUCGUCGUUCUCACCACGUCCUCGCCCACCUCCUCGUCCGAGGUCCCUAGCAGCACCGUCGUCACCGCCGAAGUUGCUCCCAGCGUUGGCACCAGCACCGCCUUCUCAGCAAGCAACGGCACUACCCUUGCCACGGCGUCGACUCGUUCCGGCGCGAGAAGCACCCUCUUCCCCUCGGCGGCCGCCACAACCACGGCAGCCUCCGACACGAGCGCCGGAAACAGCAACGGGCCGGCCGGCAUGGCCGUUAUCCUCGGCGCUGCUUUCGUCGCUGCCCUUGUCUGA